AUGUCCGCAUUUUAUGUCCGCAAAUAUUUCUUUUUAAGUUUUGAGGAAAUUUUAAAAAAUUAUAUCAACUCAAAAUGCGGAUUCUGCAAAAUAUUUGCGGACAAAACCUAUCUUCUUUCAAAAUUCUCCAAAAAAUAA